AUGGGAUACAAGCCAUUCCGCUCAACCUACUACGAUGACCGCAUGCGCGCCUCGCCCGCCCUGCUGCGAGCCCGCGCGCCCUACCUGAUCAAGAACACCAUCACCGGCUUCGCAAUCUGCUCGCUUGUCAUUGGCAUAUACACGUACACCAUCAAUGCCAUCUCUCAGGACGAGUUCGAGGAUGUCAUUGUGCCAGACAAGCCGCUGGACAGAUCCGCUCAGCCUACCACCCAAGCCCUUCAGCAGGCCAUGGACGCACGCAAGUAA